AUGAGUGCCCUUUCAACAUGGAGCGCUUCUCGCCCAUUCUUUACAUCUCAAAGAGCAACUGCCCUCUUCCGCAGUCCACUGCUCUCUGGCCACGCGCGCAGUGCGUCGCUUUCUGCGAUCCACCGCGGAAUAUGGAGUUCUGAGAAGGGGUCUCGCAAUGGCCGCACGAGUAAGCCUGACUCUCGGCCACGUUUUACGGAAUCGCGAGGGCGUACCCGUCCUAGGGAUGCAGCCGAAUCCAGGCCCGAUGCUUUUAGCGAGCGUUUUUCACGCGCCGUUGGGAGCCACCGAGAUGGUCCCCGAGACCGCGAGCCACGACAGCACUUCAAGCCGAAGAAGGCCUUUCAGAAAAUGCAGGAGAAGGAGGAAGAAGGAGGAAGAAAGUCACGGAGUAAGCGGUUCAACGAUCCUGAGUUUUCCUUCGGAAAGAAGAGUCUGGUGUACCAACUCAACCGAGGCGAGUUGAAGGACAACGUUUCGAAGCUACUGGAGAAGAAGAAGGAUACGCGUGAUGAGGAUCUUUCAAAGCCGCCUUUCCAACCUGUUCGCCGAGACGAUGGCCAAGAUGGACGUCGUAACGACCGUCGACCUGACCGUCCGACUAACUAUCAAGAUGGACGCCGUGACGAUCGUGACGACCGAAGCGGCCGACAACCCAACCGCCGUGAUGAUCGCCCCCAAGACCGGUUCCGGAACCGCCAACACGACCGUUCGGCCCAAAGACCGACAUUCUCCCAUGGCGGGAUGAAUGCCAUGAGAUCCGGUGCGCGCAGGGAGCUGGAGGAUGGAGAUGCCCCUCGGCGGCGGUUCGACUCCAGACGGUCCGAAGACGACUCGUCUGCGAAGAGGACCUCGGAUUUUCCAGUCUCAAUACAGUACACGACUGCUGCAUCUCAAUUUCUCUUUGGUCGUUCCGUCGUGAAGGCAGCCCUCAAAAACUCAAGACGCAAGCUCUACCACCUCUACGUCUACCAAGGAAGCAACAAGAACAGCACCAAGGACGAUGGCUGGAUUCUGGCUAUGGCUGAGAAGAAGAAGGUCAAGAUCACUAUUAUCUAUGAAAACGACCAGAAGCUGCUCGACAAGAUGAGCAAGGGUCGACCGCACAACGGCAUCGUCAUCGAGGCAUCGCCUCUGCCUCAGCUGCCGCUAACAGGCCUUGGUGCCGAGUCAAGCGAGCCGAAAGGUUACCCCGUUUAUGUGGCUCGUCAAUCCAAGGAGGAAACCGAGAUCAACGGCACCGAAGGCUUCAUACCUUGCCGGCCUGGGUCUCCGCGGCCGCUCGUGCUCCUCUUGAACGAGAUACUGGACCCCGGCAACCUGGGCGCCAUCCUCCGCACCGCUCGGUUCCUUGGUGUCUCGGCGGUUGCCAUCACGCAAAGGACAUCAUCGACCAUCACUUCUACGGUGCUGAAGGCGGCGGCAGGAGCGGCUGAGGAGUUGAGACUUUUCUCGGUUGAGGACCCCGUUGCGUUCCUGGACGCCUCCCAAAAGGCGGGUUGGACGUCGUACGCAGCGGUGGCACCAACAGCGGGAUUGCGCAAGGACAACCGCCAAUGGACACCCGAAAGCAUUGAGGACUCCAAGCCUCUCGUCAAGGAGCCAACCAUCCUAAUCCUUGGAAAUGAGGGCAGUGGCCUUCCCUACGAUAUCAGGAAGAAGGCCACCCGUGAAAUCACGAUACCGCGCCUGGUCACAUCGAGUUCGGUGGACAGCUUGAAUGUCAGCGUGGCUACGGCGCUGCUUUGCAAUUCAUUCCUGAGAGGUGUGCAGGAGCCAUUUACGCUCACCGAGAAGCUACAGAAGGAAGCUCGCAAGGCAGAUGGCGGCGAGAGUCUGUUUUGA